AUGUUGAAUCAAGCUCGUAUCGAUGUUAUCAAUGGAGCAUUAAACAGGUCUACGCGUACGGUUGAUUUUCCCAAAAGUGCCACUUCAGGUAAUCAAGCUGCCAUAUCAGAAGUUUUUGGCAAAAAUGUAUUUGGUAUCAAAGAAAUGUCAAGUAAACUUCCCAAGCCUGUGUUCAAACGUUUCUGUAACCAAUUGAAAGGUGGACACACGUUAGACAGAGCAACAGCAGAUGCCAUUGCCCACGCUGCCAAAGUAUGGGCGCUUGAGCACCAUGCAACUCAUUUCACACAUUGGUUUCAACCUUUGAAUGAUUCUACAGCGGAAAAGCAUGAUUCUUUCCUGUCACUUAAAAUGUCAUUUACCAAUGGACUUUCAGAGGCUACUCCAUUAGAGACUUUUUCUGGCUCUGAAUUGUUACAAUCCGAACCUGAUGCUUCUUCUUUUCCCUCUGGUGGUAUGAGAACUACUUUUGAAGCAAGAGGAUAUACAGUAUGGGAUACAAAAAGUCCUAUGUUUCUAAGAGACGGGCCCCAUCAUACCAUGGUGCUUUAUAUUCCUUCCGUAUUCAUCUCUUAUAACGGUGAAGCACUUGAUGAAAAAUCAGUUCUUUUGAGAUCUUCUUCUGUCAUUUCCAAAGUGUCUUUGGAAAUUCUUCAUCUCAUUGAACCUUUUACAGAAGAUGAACCACGUACAAAACAAAUCUUUACUACCUUGGGCACAGAACAAGAAUUCUUUUUGGUCGAUAGAAGUCUCUAUGCUCUUCGUCCUGAUCUCAAGACGUGUGGACGUACCCUUAUCGGUGGACUUCCCGCUCGUCAUCAACAACUUGAAGACCAUUAUUUUGGCAGAAUCCCAUCCCGCGUAUUGGCUGCCAUGAGUGAAGUUGAACUCGAACUGGCUAAACUUGGUGUUCCUAUCAAGACGCGACACAAUGAAGUCGCUCCUAGUCAAUUUGAAGCCGCACCUGUGUUUGAAGAAGCCUUGAUUGCUGUUGAUCAUAACUUGCUGACCAUGGAUGUCUUUCACAGUGUAGCUCACAAGUAUAAGCUUAAAUGCCUGUUCCACGAAAAGCCCUUCAAAGGUGUGAAUGGGUCAGGCAAGCACUGCAAUUGGAGCAUUGCUACAGACCGAGGCGAUAAUCUCUUGAAUCCCACGUCUACACCAGAGACAAAUUAUCGAUUCUUACUGUUUUUGGUGGCCAUAUUAAAAGGUGUGCUUGAUCAUGGUGAUCUUUUACGCGCAGGUGUUGCCUCUGCCUCCAACGACCAUCGACUUGGCGCUCAAGAAGCUCCUCCAGGCAUCAUCUCCGUCUUUCUAGGUUCAGAACUCAACGAAGUAUUGAAUGCGGUGGAAGAAGGCAGACAAGUCAACAAAGUCUUGGCUGGUACAGAAACAACGCGAAUCCGAAUUGAAGGCACAACGCUUGACCUUCAGGUAGCCACUUUGCCAAAACUAAAUCGUGACAUGACAGAUCGUAACCGUACUUCUCCAUUUGCAUUCACAGGCAACAAGUUUGAGUUCCGUGCUGUAGGUUCAAAACAAUCACCUUCGUUUCCUGUGACCUUGCUGAACUCAGCUGUAGCUUCUGCCUUGAUCGACAUUCGAGACGACCUCAAGAAACAAAUGGGCAAUAAAAAGGUUGCUUCGGAUGAAGAUUUGCUUGUGAUCAUUCGCAAAUACAUCACGUUGACCAAACAUGUGCGUUUCGAAGGCGAUAACUAUACUCAAGAAUGGAUUGAGGAAGCCAAGCGUCGUGGUCUUUCCAACAUCACCAAGAGUCCUGAAGCGUUUAAGCGUAUCAAGAGCGCCAGCAAUAUGAAUAUGCUGACUCGUCUUGGCGUUUUUACAGAGGCAGAAUUGAAUUCACGGUAUCAUAUCUUGUGUGAAAAGUAUGCUAAAGAGAUCAUCAUUGAAGGCCUCACGAUUGCAAAUAUGACUAUUCAACAGGUACUUCCUGCAGCCUAUAGCUAUCGUCAUGAACUUGCAUCAUCAAGUGCUCUUUUAAAGCAAAUUGAUGCGGCUUUUGGGCCUGAAAAAAAACUGUUGGAUCAAUUAGCUUCUCCUGUCGUUUCCCUUCAAGAAGCAACAGAAAAACUCGAGGCCAAGAUUGCCAAAGCACAACAUAUGAAAGAUCCUAUAGAAACAGCCAAUUAUGCCUGCGACACACUCUUGCCACACAUAGAACGGGUCCGUUCUUUAUCUGACCAACUAGAAAAAUUGGUAGCUGAUAAAUACUGGCCAUUGCCUAAAUAUGAUGAAUUGUUCUCAACACUUUAA